GACCUGCCCAUCUGCUGCUGGAGUCUCAUCAGGUUCUCGUUCACAGCGACUCAACUUUACAUCGGCAAAACCCCACGGAUUUAGACUUUGAACGGGCAAAAAUUGGACAAUGCUUAGACGAAUACUUCAAAUGACUCCUGGGAAAGGAGGGUCCCAGAAUGCAGAGACAGAGCAGCCCAGCACAGAACAGAACCAUGACCAGACCUCUGAGGGGUUUAUCUGUCCUCAGUGCAUGAAAUCUCACAACACUGCAGAGGAGCUCUUCAAACACUAUGAGCUCUUUCAUGACACUGGGGACCUCCCUGCCCACAUGGCCCCCACGAGAGAAGACCUAACAAUGCUGCGACAAGAAGUUCAGGACUUGCAUGCAUCACUUAAGGAGGAGAGAUGGUUCUCUGGAGAGCUCAAGAAAGAACUGGACAAAGUUCAAGGACAACUGAAGCCAAGCGAUGGCCCAGAGGAUGCUGCCCUGGAAAGGAAACUCAAUGAAGCUGAGACAGAGAAGUUCAACAUCAAACAGAUGAAAGACCUGUUUGAGCAAAAGGCUGCUCAACUGGCCACAGAGAUAGUGGACUUAAAAUCCCGCUAUGAUGAGGAGAAGAGCCUGAGACUGGCGGCUGACCAGAGGCUCGCCAAACUCUCUGAACAGCUGCAGAAGGAGAAGGGGGAGAAUGAGAGACUCCAGACUGAGCUGCUGCAGCGGCCUGGAGUGGAGGAUGUGGAGGUGCUGCAGAAGGAGCUGGUGCAGGUGCAGACGUUGAUGGACCAAAUGACACGAGAGAGAGAGGAGGAGUCUGAACGCCUCAAAACACACUACGAGCAACUACAGGCCAAUUACACAACCUCCGAGAUCACCAUAUCACAGCUGAAGGCAGAACUGGAGAAAGGGCCACAGGAAGCGGCCGUCUACACACAACAGAUCCAUGAGCUACAGAGCAACCUGAAUAAUUUACAGCAACAAAACCAGCUUCUAUCUGAAAAGCUGGCCCGCAAGGAAAGCGAGCACCAGGAAGCAGAGAAGCAACUAUUGUCUGAAAAAGCAUCAAAGAAAGGAGUGGAGGAGCGACUGAGGGAGAGAGAGAUGGAGCUGCAUGAGCUCCAGACACGGGCCACUGGAGCAGAGGCCUCACUGCAGAAGGCCCAGGCUGAGCUCCAGGAGAGGACAGAGGAGGUGGGCAGGUUAAAGAGUGAGAUCACAGAGCUGGAGGUGAAACAUGCAGAGGUGAAGGCGGAAAGGAAACAGUUGGAACAGCAAAGAGAGGAGAAGGAGAGCCAGGGUGCCCAGCAACAGACAGAAAUCAGCCAGCUGCACGCCAAACUAUUAGAGACUGAAAGACAACUGGGCGAGGUCCAAGGACGUCUAAAGGAGCAGAGGCAACUGUCUGGAGAAAAACUCAAAGAUCGUGAGCAGCAGGCAGCAGAUCUACAACUCAAGCUCUCCCGUGCAGAGGAACAGCUAAAGGAAAGUGUGGGCAAAAACACAGAUCUACAGCACCAGUUGGAGAAGGCCAAACAGCAACAUCAGGAGCUCCAGGCUCUUCAGCAGAACACAAAUGGCAAACUCAGAGAGGCACAGAAUGAUCUGGAGCAGGUUUUACGUCAGAUUGGAGAUAAAGACCAGAAGAUCCAGAACCUUGAGGCUCUGCUGCAGAAGAGUAAAGACAUCGUGAGCCAAUUGGAGUCUGAGCGAGAGGAUUUGUGUGCAAAGAUCCAGGCCGGAGAGGGAGAGACGGCUGUGCUCAACCAACUCAAGGAGAAGAACCAUGCCCUCCAGGAACAGGUGACACAGCUCACAUCCAAGCUGAAGAAUCAGUCUGAAAGCAACAAGCAAGCCCAGGAUAACCUCCAUAAACAGAUCCAGGAGCAGAAAACUCAGCUCCGGACCGCACAGGACUGUGCCCAAACUCUAGAAACCUCUGUGACUGAACUGACUGCUCAGCUCACAGAAAGCAGAGAGAAAGUGUCCCAGCUAGACUCCCAGCUCAAGGCAAAGACCGAGUUGCUGUUGUCCACGGAGGCUGCUAAAUCUUCACAAAAAGCCAAUCUUGAAAACAGCCUGGAGACCGCUCAACAUGCACUACAGGACAAGCAACAGGAACUAAACAAACUCCAGAAAAAGGCUGAGGAGCAAGUUCAAAAACUCAAAGAAAGAAAGGAGCAGUGCAUUCAACUCGAGAACACUGUGAAGGAAUAUAAAGACAAACUGUUGGCCUCAGAACAGAAUGUCGAGCAGCUUGAGGGACACAAAAAGAAAUUGGAGUCUCAGGUCAGUGAGGUAGAAACUGCACGAGAUAAAGCUCAUCAAGAAGUGCAGAAGCUCCAGAAGGAAGGUUCUGAGGUGAAGAAGAAAGCCAAAGAGUUCCACCAGCUGCUAGAAAAGGAAAAGGCUGGGGCAUUGGUGCUACAAGAGGAGCUGCAGAAGAAGACGGCUGCACUCACUGAAAUGCAACAACAGUUUGAGCGCUCUGAGAAAGAGAGAGGAGCUCUGCAGCAGAAUUUGGACAAAGUGACUCAGGAGGCAAAGAGUCAACGUACAGAGCAGGAGAAGAAAGUGCAGGGUCUGAGCGCGGAGCUGCUCAAGACUCAACAAGAGAGGGACAGUCACAAGAAUGAGCUUCUAUCCCUACAGGAAAACCUCGGGAAAGCUAACAAGGCAUUCAAGGAAGUACAAGGUCAACUAGAGACGGAGAAAAAGAAUUAUAAAGCAUCCAUGGACGAGAAGGACAAAACCAAUGAAAAGGCCAAAAAGGAACUAAUGAAGGCAAAUGAGGCUCUCACCAAAACACUGAAGGAAACAAAGGACCAGCUGGAGAAGACGAAGGAGGAAGAGAAGAACUUAAAAGAGCAGCUGACUUCAUUACAGGAACAAUGCACCAAAACUGUGGAGGGAUUAAAGGACAAAGAGAAAGACAUCCAGAAACUGCAGGCCCAGUUUAAAGCUGCUCAAGGGACAUUUGACGAGGAGCUUAAGAAGAUGAAAGGACAAGUGGCAAAGUUACAGGACGUCAAUGUACAAAAGGGAGAGGAGGAGAAGAAACUGCAGACCCAGGUGUCAGCUCUUGAACAGACUUUGUCCUCAGAGAAAAGUCGAGCCUCAGAGCUGCAAACAUCUUUACAGCAACAUCAGGACUCACUAAAGAAGCUCCAGUCAGAUUUGUAUGGGAAAGAGUCUGAGGUGUCUGCACUGCGGCAAGACUUAAAGGUAUCAGAAGACAAGCUAAAGUUGGCACAAGAGGAAUUAGCAUCUAACAAGACUCAUCAGACAAGUUUAGAGGCUCAAAUUCAGGAAUUAAAAUCUGGCACCAAGUCUUUGGAACAAGAGCUGGCCAAACGGGACCAGAGGAUCCAUCAACAGGAGGAGACACUAAAGGAGCAGAACAAGCAAAUGGCUCAGAUGAAGGGAGAGGUGGAGAAGGGAAAGAACCAAGUCGAUGAACUGAACAAAGCAAAAGGUGCCUUAGAAAAGAACAACAGCAAACUAACCACAGAUUUAAAGACACUCAAGGAGAAGACGGAAAAGGAGCUGGUGGAGCUGCAGGAAGCCAAACAGCUUCUGAUCCAGCAGAAACUGGAACUUCAGCAAGUGGAGGCAGCAGAGGGUGCACUAGAGCAGGAACAGAAACGACAUCAGGUCACUAAGGACAGCAAGAGCAAGAAAGAGGAGGCUCUGCUCGCACAAACCAAAGCUCUGCAAGACCAAGUGGGAGCAGAGAAGCGUUCCAGAGAGGAGCAGGUGAAGCGUGGCGAGGAGGCAGAGGCUAAGCUGAGUAUCCAGGUGACGGCUCUGAAUGAAAACGUGGCCACUCUGAAGAGGGAGUGUCAGGGCAGCCAGAGACGUGUCAGUGAGCUGGAGAAACAGACAGAUGAGCUGAGAGGAGAGAUUGCUGUGCUCGAGGCUACUGUCCAAAACAACCAGGACGAGAGAAGGGCGCUGCUGGAGAGGUGCGUUAAAGGGGAGGGUGAAAUCGAGAAGCUGCAGACUAAAGUGGUGGAACUACGACGCAAACUGGAUGACACCACAGCUGCCAUGCAAGAACUGGGACGAGAAAACCAGUCCCUCCAGAUAAAGCAGUCACAGUCUCUAACCAGGAAGUGGGCCGAUGACAGUGAGGUGCAGAACUGUAUGGCCUGUGGGAAAGGGUUUUCGGUCACGAUUAGGAAGCACCACUGCAGGCACUGUGGUAACAUAUUUUGUGCCGAGUGUUCAUCGAGGAACGCUCUGACUCCAUCUUCUAAAAAGCCUGUUCGAGUUUGUGAGACGUGCUUUGAGGAGCUCCAAGGCUAACAGCCUUUCUUUGUAAAAUCUAAAUUAAUGUGCACUAUAAAGGACAGACCCAGUACUGAUCUCCCACAUGUAACUUCUUUAAAAAAAUGCAGUGGGAUUGUCUGUGUUUUUGUGCCUUUGCUACUCCUGUGGACUGCCAGAGGGGGGCGACACUGAGACAUUAAUGCCAUUCGUCUUGCGUUUUCAUUUUGGAUCAUCUGUGACUGCUGUACUAUGGUUGGGACAUACCUACCAUCAACUAUCUGCAAAAGUGAAAGUAGAAAGUACUGUUGGCAAAACUGUGUCUUCUACAAAGGCAAAGACAGUAACGACAAGUUCAGUUAUGGCUAGUAUUUCUUUCUUUUGUAUCCAGAAAAAUAUAUUAUUCAAAUUUCUAAAUAUUUUGGACACAACAUAAAAAGA